UUGUGUAGUUUACGCGUUGUUUCGGCUUCAAAAUUCCUCUUGGAAUUUAUUAGUCUUUGUUGAAUACACCGCCAUAUUUUUUUUGUAGACUACGAUUGUGUCAUUAAAAGAAAAAAAGUGUUUUUCUCGUGAUGGGGUAUGGUUUGAAGCUUGUGGCCAUUUUCACGUGUUUGUCGCUGCUGUUUCUGAGUGGAAUUCUCAUGUUCACCAAAGGCUUUCUCCUUAAACGAAUCGUAAUCGACGACAAGACUAACUGCAAUGAAACUGUACCGUGGUCAUCUACGCGUUAUCCAGUCUCUCGUGAAAACAAAAUAAAUAAUUUAAACCAUGGUUGUUGGGUCGACACGAAAUUCCAAAAAGCUGUCAUCCUUAUUAUUGAUGCUCUAAGRUAUGACUUUGCGUUGUUCAACGAAUCGCUUUCCGAUGUCGAUGCUCUUCCAUUUCAAAAUAAAUUGGUAGUUUUACAUGAAGUGUUAAAGUCAAAACCACAGAACGCUAGGCUAUACAGAUUUCUAGCAGAUCCGCCCACUACUACAAUGCAACGUCUGAAAGGCCUUACCACCGGAAGCCUCCCUACAUUUGUUGAUGCUGGAAGCAACUUUGCAUCUUACUCAAUCAAAGAAGACAACAUCAUUUCAAAGCUGGUCGAACAUGGAAGAAAAAUCACUUUUAUGGGAGACGAUACUUGGGAAGGAUUAUUUCCUGAUGCUUUUAACAAAUCAUUUCCAUUUCCAUCGUUCAAUGUGAAGGACUUGCAUACUGUUGAUAGUGGUGUUAUCAAGCAUUUGGUGCCAGAAAUCAAGCAGAAUGAUUGGGAUGUGAUCAUUGGACAUUUUCUAGGGGUUGAUCAUUGUGGUCAUAAAUAUGGUCCAUACCAUAGAGCUAUGGAAGAUAAAUUAACUCAGAUGGAUAAAGUUUUGAGAUCAGUGAUGGACGCCUUAGAUGACAAAACAGUGCUGUUUGUGUUGGGUGAUCAUGGUAUGACAAGAACUGGUGAUCAUGGYGGUGAUAGUGAUGAUGAAUUAGAUGCAGCAUUGUUUGUUUAUUCUAAGGCACCACUUGUAGACAGUGCAUCUAAGAAGAGUCCUUCAUCCAUAUCUCAAGUUGAUUUUGUCCCAACUUUUUCACUUCUUCUUGGUCUUCCCAUUCCAUUUGGAAGUCUUGGUAGUACUGUAACAGAGCUAUUUACUCAGCAAGGCUACCAAUUUAACAUCCCUGACAUUCUUUCCCAUGAAGAAAAGCUCCMUUGGRUGUCAAUUAUGAGCCGAUUGAAAAUACUACAUCUCAAUGCUUACCAAGUGAACAAGUAUCUUCACAAAUAUCAACAGAAGUCAAGUGAAAUACCAAAACAGAAGCUAAAGUCYUUGCAAGUGAAAUUUGAAAAUGCUUCUCAAAACUUCMAUCAAAUUGCUGAGUUKGCUUACUAUGGCAAAGUGAAUUUAGGUAUUUAUUUGAGCAUCAARGGACUUGAACAAGUUGAACAUCAGUACUCRGAUUAUCUUUCUGAAGUYARGGAGCUUUGCCAUGGAAUGUGGGCUAAGUUUGACAUUCUUUCAAUGGCCUUAGGGAUUCUCAUACAAGUUGUUAGUGUAGCCAUUAUGACAAUGGCCGUUUGGAAUCCGCGUUUCUUUAAGAAAAGUUCUUCAUCUCUCCUCAAGAGUACUUCAGCUUUAACUAUAUUUGGAAUAGUUUUUUGUUUUGUUCUUACUCCAAAYGAAACUCCAAAAGUCCUGUUCAACAGCCUUAUUUGUUUUGCGGGUAGUUUUGYUGUAAUGUUUUUAUAUUACUAUUUAAAAGGAAAUACAASUGGUUUGCGUAAAGUUAUCUGGAUCUACACAGAAUUUAGCUUCCAAAACAUUCUUGCAACGUUGUUUUGUGGAUGCUACUUCGUAUCGUGGUUCUCUAACAGCUUUAUUGUGCAUGAAGAUACCACAGUUCUAUUCAUUCUAUCWAGCCUUCUUUCACUUCAAUUUAUUUUUUCUUUYACAAAGCUAAAAWCAUCGCAGACAGUCAUAAAAAUCGCACAUCGAAAUGCAGCUGGCGUAGYAAAAAAGAACAAAAAAGAAGCUCRAAAGUUUGAASUCAAAAGCCUUUUAACUUCUACCAAUUUUAGAAUAUUUGUUGCAGUUUUAAUGUUCAUUAUUUGUGGAAGAGUUUCAGCAGUGUUCAGGGCCUGCAGAGAAGAGCAGUUUUCAUGCGAACCGUCAAGUUUUCUUCAGCCUUUGCUUGCACUUCAAGGCACCAAUUCCAGUGUCAACAAACGUUUCUUGUUGUGUUCAUUGUGCGCAGCUGUUAUACCAUUAGCUCUCUAUCAGUGGCUUCGUUACCAAGGAAACCUAAAUGGAUCAACCCCAGUGGUUCUUUCUGUACGUUAUGGUCUCUCCUUCGCCGCUGUCUUUGUUUGCAUACAUUGGGCUCUUCAAAUACUCCCUCAGACUUCCAACAACCAGUUUUCCAACUUACAAUUUUGGCAGCAAAUUGUCCUCCCACAGUUUGUUUACUGGCUUUGUUUGUUGACUAUUUUAUUGGUACUAUGGCAACCACUGUGUCUUUAUACGUUGCUAAGAGACAGCCAAAGCUCUCUUAAAGAGUCCCUUAAUAGUUUACUGGUCGGCGAUACUUUAGAUCCUCAAGCAUUGAAAACUGUUUUCCGAGAAGUAAAGAAAAAUUGGGAUAAAAGCACACCUGAAGUUGAUGCGGAAGAUGACAGACCCCCUGUGGUGUAUGGCCUUGGUACAGUCUAUUCGUCUCCUGUUCUCAUAAUACUUGGAUGUGUUGCUAUGUUGACGAUGAUUGUAUUGAGUGAUGGGAUGGCUGGGUCAGUGGUACUGUUGUUGGCUCAGAUGUUCUUAUACRCGGAGAUACAAGUGUCCAGUAACGUGUAUCCGGAGACUACUAAGCAAGGUCUCUCUUGGCAUUCAGUGGUCGUUUGGGGACUGUUGUCGUCCCAAUAUUUUUUCUCAACUGGUCACCAGGCCACCAUCCCAGCCAUACGAUUUGAGGCAGCAUUUGUUGGUUUACCGGGAGACAUGAACAAUCUAGCGUUACCAGGUCUUCUGAUAUUUCUAAACACUUUUGCAUCCAGUGUCCUCUUUGCAGUUGGGCURCCUGUGCUGUAUUUGUGGCCGCGCAUUUCAAACAGAAUUCUUGGCAAAACUAAACGAACAAAAGAUGCCGAUAAAGGGGAGUUUAGUUUGUGUGAUGAUACUGAUGGGUUUAGAGAGGAUAUAUUUCGACUUUUAACAAUGUAUUUGCUCUUCAAUUGUCUAAAGGUUUUAUUUAGUGCAUGCUCUGCUGGACUACACCGCCGACACCUGAUGGUUUGGAAGAUAUUUGCUCCUCGUUUCGUGUUCGAGUGUGCGUCGUUUCUCGUCUCUGUCCCGUUUCUAGUUUUUGUUUACUUAAUCAUACUGAGAACUGAUGCCGCUCUGGAAAAAUGGGCAAAAAAGCUGGAAAAAAUACUGGCAUCGAAGUCUAAAUUCAGCUGAAUGUGUAGUUGGACUUCUUUUUGAAAUAAUUUAGAAUAAAAAUUUAAUAAAAAAUAGAAAACUUAU